GACUCUAUUUUCCAGUUGUAAAGAGGAAGGAAAGGAAGAGAAAAAAAUAAAAUCCCCAUUUUCAUUUCCGUUUUCUCUUCUUUUCAGAAAUCGAGAAAACAAAAAACCCUAUUUCUCCACUGCAAGAACUCGAAAUCGAGCGAUCCGAUGGCUCGAGUCGAAGAUCUCGAGGCGAAAACCUUCUCAAAUCCCUCCUUCCUCCCGUUCAUCUUCGUCUGAUCCUCGUUCUCCGUUCCGAUCCGAUCGGAGAAUCAGCGUCCCCAGAAAAAAACUGGUCUGAGCAGCUAACACAUUAAAGAAACCAUAUAGACUAUCCAACUAAGAGUAUAAGCUGUUAAUCUGUUCACGAAUGGCCGAGAGGGCUUGUGUGAAGCGCCUUCAAAAGGAAUAUAGAGCGCUAUGCAAGGAGCCAGUCCCUCACAUUGUGGCUCGUCCUUCACCAAAUGAUAUCCUAGAGUGGCAUUAUGUGCUGGAGGGAAGUGAAGGCACACCUUUUGCUGGUGGAUAUUACCACGGAAAAAUCAAGUUCCCUCCAGACUAUCCAUACAAACCCCCAGGAAUCAGCAUGAUCACUCCCAACGGACGGUUCGCCACACAAAAAAGGAUCUGCCUGUCUAUGAGCGAUUUUCAUCCAGAGACUUGGAACCCAAUGUGGUCUGUGGCAAGCAUACUUACAGGCCUUCUGUCAUUCAUGAUGGAUAACAGUCCAACCACCGGUAGCAUCUCAACUACAGUGGCUGACAAGCAACAUCUAGCUCAGAUGUCUCUCGCAUACAACUGUAAGAGUGCGAUCUUCAGAAAGAUGUUCCCAGAGUAUGUAAACAAGUACAACCAACAACAGGCUGCAGAGCAAAUGAACUCGGAGAGGUCAUCAUCGGGGAAGGAUGAUGGUGGAACCGCUACUGCACUGACUCUCAGAAAUGGGGGCAAAAAUGAAGUCCAAGGCAGAGGAGAGAUAAAGGCAAUUGAUGUGAGAAAUAGAAGAGGGUCAAAGAAAUACCCCUUCUGGCUGCUUGUGCUGCUAGCAUCCAUGUUUGGUUUGGUCAUGGCAUUGCCUCUGCUCCAGCCGUGAAUUCGUGCAAGGUCAGUAAACUUAAAUGGGAGCUUUUGAUGAGGGAUCAAUGUGGGAGUAUGUAUGGGGGAGGGAGUCAAUGUGGAAGGGAGAAGGGCAGAGAAGAGACAUUAUUUAAAGACAUUUUUACAUCCUCUUGCUUUUGCAUUGGGUGGGUAUUGGGUCUCCUCCAUUGAUGAACAACUUCAGAUAUCUUU